CAGACGAGUCUCCUCUCACGUACAGCUUGUUUAUUCUCCAUUUAUUACUCACAAUUUAAAUCUGUCCAUCUUUUAUUACUAUUUCAGUAAAUAUUUAAAUAAAUAAACGAUAUAAAAUGUGCCUUAACUCUAUGAUUAUACGGUUUAUUUCGCAGUGUCGUGGAAACUGUCAUUUGAAUGUAUCGCGAUAAUUAGCUGGUUCAGUCGGUUUUUUGUUUUUGUUAAAAUAACUUGUUAAAAUGGUUUAUACAAUUACGAAUUGUGAGAGUGUUGGGGACAAGCGGUGUUCGUGGAAGCAGUUUUUCUUGCCUUUUGUUGUGAGUCUGCCCCUUAUCACCCAUGGUAUAGAGAGCAACAACCUCACGAUUACAUCCCAUUCCGGACAUUUCACCACGCACUAUGGAGUACCAUUAAGUAGCACAAUGCUGGUGCUCGGGGCGGGCGUGUCGGCACCCGUCCUUUGCGCCACAGUGGACAAGCUGGGACGGAAGUUUGGCAUAUAUAUCAUUAUAUUGUUGCAAGGGAUCUGCUGUGUACCCCUCCUUCUCCCUCCAAGCGACAUAUCCUCUGUGCUCCUCCAUUUCCUAGCUGGGGUUUCAUCAGCCGGCCUCUUCACCAUCAUCCCCAUAUACAUCCUGGAGAUAUCACCGACUGCAUCCCGCGGGUCCUUCAUAUCCCUGAUGAUGAUAAUGACGCCGAUCGGCUAUUUAUCAAGACUGGUGAUGAGUGGGGAGACUAUGAUGUACGUGAUGGCUGCGCUGGUGAUGGUAGAGUUCGUGUGUGUGUUCCUGGUGAUCGAAUCACCGAGUUACCUGGUGAAGGAUAAAAAUUUUGAGCACGCAAAAAGGAACAUAGCAAAAUUAUUGUGCGUUACAGAAGACGAUAAUUAUGUUGGUAGUGAAAUGAUGAGACUGAAAAAUGAAAGUGAAAGAGCGAAGCCCGGAGGCAAGCUGAACCUUAUUGAUAUUUUUAGAAACAGAAUUUGGCGGGACGCUAUGAAAAUUGGUUUUAUGUUAUACUCCGUGACCGUCCUCAGUGGAAGCAUCAUCUUCCUAGACCAGGAGAAGACUUUAGCCCAAUUGAAGACUAGUCUAGAUCCAGAAAACAUGAUGGUCCCUCUGUGUUUACUAGCUGGUGGCAUAACUGGAGUGGUUUUAAUUAGGUUCAUGGAAAGAAAAUGGCACCUCACAUUUGCGUACUCCCUCAUAGUGCUGGCUAUGGGUGUGCUGGCGGUAUUUACUCAGGCUGAUUUGACUGUGACGUCAUUAAGAUGGCUGCCGGUGACGUCACUCGGUGUGCUGGUGUUCGCGUAUGGCAUGUCGUGGGCGCUACCCACGGUGAUAAUGGUGGAGAUGCUGAAUUUUGAGGUCAGAGCAACAGUUAUUGGCAUAGUGUACACCUUCUCCCAGAUCAUAAGAUUGGCCCAUAUACACACAUUCAAAUACUUCGAGAACCUCAUGGGAUUGUAUGCACUCUUCUAUGUAUUCGCUGGCAUCAAUCUCCUUGGUGCAGUGUACAGUGCAGUGGCAGUGCCGCGCGUUAAGGGUAAGAGUGUGAAGCAAAUAGAGAAGCAGUUGAGGAGAGUUCCGAUAUUGAAUUUAUGAAAUAAACGUUUCGAUUUGUGGA